AUGACCGCUGCCCGUACGAUCCGUAUCAGUAACUUCAUUCUCCGUAUCCUCCAGCUAUGCGUCUCGGUCAUUGUUUUGGGAAUAUUUUCUUAUUUUCUUGCCGUGCUUGCGGACCAUAACCUAGCAAUCCAAAGGUGGGUGAAAGCUGUCGAGGGCAUAUCUGGCAUGGCCGCUUUCUACGCCAUUGUAGCCUCCAUCUUCACCCUCAGCAUUGGCGGCAUUCCGUUCUUUGCGGGCGUGGCUAUGGUCCUAGACUUUGCCUUCACAGCCGGCUUUAUCGCAAUCGCAAUUAUGGCCCGGGAUGGUACACAAGCUUGCACUGGACAUGUUGACACUCCUAUUGGAAACGGCGACGCAAACCAGCCCGCCGGAGGUUAUGGAUCUGGCGGGUUUGGGACGGGAGAUGGAAAGCAGCUGAUAUACAUGCCCAGUCUGAAAUCUGCGUGCAGACUGCAGAAAGGCGUUUUUGCAGUAUCCAUUAUCGGGAUAUUUCUGUUCCUAGUAUCGAUCAUCGCUCAGCAUCUCUAUAUGCACCACCGUGAAACGAUCAAAACUUCCCAGUCCGGUGGCUCUCGCCUCCGAUCGCUCUUUCGUUUCCGUCGUCACAAGGUUGACCCACGAUCCGCUAUUGUUGAUUUCAACCAGGCCAACGACGGCGCAAAUGGAACGAUCCCACUUUCAGAUCAACCCUCAACCGAGAAACCUCCUCGCUCUACUAAAGUAUUCGGCUGGGGUGUUAGUAACUACUCGGCCACCGAUCAGGUCACCGAGCCCCAGCCUACAGCACAGAGAGACGAUACCAGUGGAUGUUACAACAGCAACACUUCCAACAUGCAGGGUUACAACUAUUCGAGUCCGUAUCCCUACAGCAACUCAGCCUAUUACUACGGGAUCCAUGGGAAUCCAUAUUCAACCGACAAUCCUUAUAGAACUGAGGCAUGGCAGGACUAUGACCACGGACAGAGUGGCGUUGGAGAUAGCAGAUAUGCUUUUGGGUAUGGUGACAUGCAUGCAGGAAGAGCGACUUAUUGA